AUGGUGCAGUCCUUUUUCAAUGGGCAUGAACUACCAAGAUUUGUAACUCAUACAAAUCUAGUUUUACUUCCAAAGAAGAAGGAAGUUGUGACCUUCUCAGGUAUGAGACAUAUUAGUCUCAGUAAUUUUGUUAACAAGAUCUUUUCAAGAGUUGUGCAUGAAAGGUUGGUAGGGAUGCUGCCUAGUUUGAUUUCUGAUGAACAAGCAGGUUUUGUUAAAGGGAGAAGCAUAGUGGAGAAUGUGUUAUUAACACAGGAAUUAAUCACAGACAUUAGACUAAGAACCAAAGCAGGUCCAAAUUUAGUGAUCAAAUUGGACAUGGCAAAAGCUUAUGAUCAAUUAUCCUGGCUGUUCCUGUCAAAGGUGUUAAGGAAAAUGGGAUUGGGAGAAAGGUUCAUAGGUCUGGUGUUUGGAAUUGUUUCAAACAACUGGUACUCUAUCUUAUUGAAUGGACAACCACAUGGCUUUUUUAGAUCAACUAGAGGGGUGAAACAAGGUGACCCUUUGUUACCUACACUGCAUAUUUUGGCAGCUGAAGCAUUAUCAAGAGGGCUUAAGUCAUUACAUAGUAAUCUGCAUUUUCGUGGAUUUGGAUUGCCCAAAUGGAGUCCUAAGAUUAAUCAUCUAGCAUAUGCUGAUGAUACAAUCAUUUUCUCAUCAUCAGAUGCCAGAUCCUUAAAGCUCAUUAUGCAGAUUUUAUCCUCAUAUGAAGCUGCAUCUGGACAGUUGAUAAACAAGAGCAAAUCAGCUGUAUAUAUGCACCAUUCUGCUAGAGCACAAGUGAUAGAAAAAGUUCAGAGGAUUACAGGUAUACCAAAUCAGGAGUUUCCUUUCACAUAUUUGGGGUGCCCAAUUUUUUACCUUAGAAGGAGAAUGAAUUACUACCAAGACUUGAUUACAAAGGUGAUGAACAAACUGCAGAACUGGAAGGGUAAAUUGUUAUCCAUAGGAGGAAGGGCGGUUCUCAUUACUCAUGUAUUGCAAAGCAUGCCAAUAUAUCUUCUAUCAGCAGUGAAUCCUCCAGCCUAUGUUAUUAAUAGGCUGCAUAAAAUAUUUGCACAGUUCUUUUGGAGUGAUUCAGUUGGUACAUCUAAUAGGCACCGGGCAUCUUGGAAUAAUUUAUGUUUGCCAUGUGAAGAGGGUGGUGUUGGCUUUAGAUCUCUGCAUGAUAUGGCAACUGCUUUGUUCUGUAAGUUGUGGUGGAACUUUAGAACAAAACCUAGCCUUUGGAGCUCCUUCAUGUGUCAGAAAUACUGCAAGAAAUUGAAUCCUAUCAUAGUACCAUGGAGGGGUGGACUUGGGGCUUUAUAUUUUGUUACACCACUAGAUCAUGUGGUAGAUGAAGAAGUGCAGAACAUAUAUGAUGUGGUUGAGGAGGGACAGCGGAAUGAGGAAAGAUUAAGGGAAAUACUUCCUGAAGAUCUUGCAUCACAUAUUCUGCAGAACAUUCAACCUCCAACUACAAGUGAUAUGAUUGACAAACCUGUGUGGAUGCUUGAGAAUAGGGGAGAAUUCAGUGUGAAGUCUGCAUGGGAGUAUUUGAGAAGGAGACAGGAGCCUAGAAAUGCAUAUAGGAAUAUUUGGGUGAAAGGUCUGCCCUUCAAGAUUUCAUUCUUUAUGUGGAAGUUCUGGAAGAACAAGUUGCCUUUAGAUGAUUUUUAUAGAAGGUUGGGUUAUCAAAUGGCUUCUAGGUGUUGGUGCUGUUUAGAACCAAAGGAAGAAACAUUGCAGCACUUGUUUUUCACUUCACCUGCUGCAAAUACUAUAUGGAAAUACUUUCUUGGACAUGCAGGAAUAUUAAUAGAGGGGGUCACUUUACAUCAAGCUAUAAUAAAAUGCUGGACUGUUGAUGCUAUUCAGAGAAUGAAGCCUAUUAUGCAAGCAUUACCAGCAGUGAUAAUACGGGAGUUGUGGAAGAGAAGGAAUGGAUACAAAUAUGGUGAUGCUGUGACAGUUAAUAGGGUGAUUUAUCAAAUUUCCACAACCAUGCAAUGUCUAGUGAAGCUAAGGAAACCAGGUAUUCAAAAUCCUCCUCACAAAUGGCCUGACUUGAUUAGGGUAUUAGAGCAAUAUACACCUCAGUUGCAAUACACAAAGGUGCUGUGGGAGAUGCCUUCACGAGGGUGGAUAAAGGUGAACACUGAUGGGGCUUCAAGGGGUAAUCCUGGUAGAAGCUCAAUUGGUUAUGUGGUGAGAAAUGAGGAAGGGGAUGUUCUGUAUGCUUGUGGUAAGGAAAUUCAAGAGGGAUCAAACUCUGUUGCAGAAGCAAGAGCUAUUCUUGAAGCUAUGAAGUACUGUGUUGGUAAAGGGUAUGAAUUCAUUGAGUUAAAUACUGAUUCUAUGAUGCUGAAGAAUGUGAUAGAUGGGGUAUGGAAGAUACCAUGGAAUAUCAGUGCAAUUGUUGAAGAGAUCAAGCACUUGCUGGCAAGAUGCAGUAUAACUGUAGCUCAUACUCUUAGAGAAGAAAAUAGUCUAGCAGACCACAUUGCUAAUUAUGCACUAGAUCAUGGAAAAGCUAUUGUGUCUAUGCCCUAUCCUUUGGAGGAAUUCCAGUUGGUGGUAUUAGUGCUGAGCACUCAUUCCACUGGAAGGAAACCAUGGAUAGGCACAAGCAUAGAAGCUGGAUUUUACUAUUGGCAGGCUAUUUUCUCAGAACUGGACAAGCAACAUUGGCAAGCAAUACUUUGGACAAAUGAAGUGGUUGGAAAGAUCACAAAAGUGGAGGAUAACACCUCAGAAACACUAGCAACAAGCCAACCAUUUUCAGACAAAGAUGUGAAGCAGGAAACAGAAUAUGGUGCUAUCAAAAAAUGCACCACCUCAUAG